CUGUCUGUGGGUUGGCUGGUUAUUUUGCGAGCGGGAGGGGCUGUGCGCGCUCCUGCCUCCCGCCUCUGUCCCCCACCCCCUUCCCCGGUCCCAGUCUCUCCUUUGGAAAGAUGUCGGACACGGCAGUGGCUGACACUCGGCGCCUUAACUCGAAGCCGCAGGACCUGACCGACGCUUACGGGCCGCCAAGUAACUUCCUGGAGAUCGACAUCUUUAAUCCACAGACGGUGGGCGUGGGCCGCGCGCGCUUCACCACCUAUGAGGUUCGCAUGCGGACAAACCUACCUAUCUUCAAGCUGAAGGAGUCCUGUGUACGGCGGCGCUAUAGUGACUUUGAGUGGCUUAAAAAUGAGCUGGAGCGAGAUAGUAAGAUUGUAGUACCACCACUGCCUGGGAAAGCCUUGAAGCGUCAGCUCCCUUUUCGAGGAGAUGAAGGGAUCUUUGAGGAGUCCUUCAUUGAAGAAAGGAGGCAGGGCCUCGAACAGUUUAUUAACAAAAUUGCUGGGCACCCACUGGCUCAGAAUGAACGCUGCCUACACAUGUUCCUGCAGGAGGAGGCAAUUGACAGGAACUACGUCCCCGGGAAGGUGCGCCAGUAGGAGCCCCUCUCACCACUUGCCCUCUACUUUCCUGCUGAAAUGACAUUGAUUUUUACACUAAGCCUCUCUCUCUGUCUCUUUGAUCUGAAGUUGGCUGCCCAUCCCCUGGCCUGAUAGACUGUCUGGCAUUGUGUUUCUUGGUACCUGACUACACCGUGGGCACUCUGCUAGGAUCCUCUUCUCUGAGGAGAGGUGGGAGACCACAGGCAGAUGCUCUUUGCUUGGGGUGCGGGUGGGGGGAUUGGGCUGGAAGGCAAUUCCUUGGGCAUUUACCCUUGCCAGAAGGCUAAUCUUAUGGGAGGGGGUCUUGUGCUGGUAGGGCACUCGGAUACAUACUGAUGCUGCAAGUCCAGGGGAUUUUCUUACUCUUAGGUUUAACCAGGAACGCUUAGCAGGGAAAAACCCUGCCUUUCCUACCUGCAUGAACUUUUUUCUUUUGGGGAAGGUGGUAGAGACCCAGAAGUUCUCCUUGUUUUCUCUAGGCCUGCUCCCAGUUUUCUCAACGGUUUCUUUUGUUCCUUUCUCUCUCCCUUGUUGCUUUUCAUGGCAGUAAAUCCUCCUGAGUCUAAGCAGUCCGUUGUGUGGAGCAAGAUGUGUGGGUUUUCUGGGCCCCUCAUCAUGGCUGCUUCAGAGUCAGAAGAAAGCCAUAGGGCAGUAGGGGAACUCUUGUUGUCUAGCCCCUCUCCUUUAUGGCUCCCCACUCUUGCUGCCUGUUCUCGCUCAUCAGCAGGUGAGUCAGUACAGGCCAGCAGUUUCCACCCCCCCCCCCCCCACAAGCCCUUGCUACUUUAUAGGUUACCUUUGCGGGUUUGAUGGCUUGAGGGGUGGGGACAACUCACCACUGCCAGGUAACUCCCUAAAGGGUGGGAGUGGAUCAUUUUCUAGGUACCUCCCAGUGGUUGGGAAGGGCAUCACCACCCUCUUCCUUCCAUUCUUCCUCCCCACCCCACCCCCGCCAUCCCAUUUAGUGCUGCCACAAGGCCGAAGCACAUGAACAAACCACACAGUCUCUGACUUCUCCUAAGCACUUUGAGCUGUUGAAUGGGGCUCAGGGGCAAGAGUUGUUGCUGCCCUCCCCAGCUUGGUCACAGGGUUACUGAACUGCCUGUACUUGUUUCUCAUGGAACUCCAGUAGUCUUCCCAUAAUUUGAGCUAGAGAUAGCAGCUGGGUAUGGAUGUCCCAAAUCUUAAGAGUCUGAAGCAGCUUUCCUGGGCUUCUAUCUGGAGGAUAGUGGUUUGUUUGCUGGGGCCUGAUAUCUCUCUCCAGUGGUGGGAUGGGAGCAAGUUAACUGGUGUCAUGUCAAAAGUGGGGACUCUUUGCUUAGACUCUCUAUCAUGGAAGGAUCGGAAUUCUCUGUAUGGGGUCUUGGGGAAAAGGAUUGUGGAGUCGGACAAGACCCUGAUCAGAGAGUUUAGGAUUGGAUUUUGACAUGGGAUUUGGAGUCCUUCUCAAUGUUGAAGUUCCUUGAGACAGAUCAGCUCUCCAGCUGCUGAGCCUGUACCAGGGGCUGAGCAGCCCCUAGAGAGAGGCUGUGCUCCCUUUCCCACCUCCCAAAUGUUGGUGUUGUUGCUGCCUUUUUGAUUUGUAUCCUCUGUUAUUGACUUUUUUUUUUUAAGAAUUCUUUCAUUGUGCACAAGUGUUGAAAGCCUGAGGCCCCAUUUCUGCUGUGUAUAUAUCCUGACUCGGGGCUUUUAUUCAGCAAACUGUUCAUUAUUCUGUCAGACAAUGUCAUAUUCAACUCUGUUCAUAUUAAACCACUGUGAAGCAAGCCUCUGUUUUCCUGCUUAAGUUGUAGUAUUUUUUAGUGUCUAGGAUAUUCUUGGUAUUGUGCAGAAAUCAUACAACAUGGUCAGUAUCCUGAGGUGAUAAGUUAAGUUUGGCAUUUAAAUUAAAAAAACAACAACCAGAAUCCUAGCUGCCUGUAGCGAUAUUUACCUAUCCUUGCAACUCCCAAUUGACUUUGUCACCGAGGUAAUGCGUCUUCUUGCAGGAAGUAGCCAUAGGGCUCAAUACCUGUGGUUUGGUUCAGAUUUAGCAGAUUUGGUUUUUAAGCUUGUGGGUUUCUACUAAUUUGGGCAGAAUAUAUUUAUAGUGUGUGUGUGUGUGUGUACAUAUAUAUGCAUAUGCUAUAUGUGUACAUAAACACGUGUGUGCAAGUGCUCAUCAUCCAACCUACCACCUACAAACACUAUUUCUUUUAUAGUUUUUUUUUUACCUCAAUUGAGACUUUUUUCUUUCAAAUAGAUUUGAUGCAGGCAGAAAGGUGAGUGAACUUUGAGAACUUUUUUUUUUUUUAACUCUGAGAACAUUUUUUUAGGUUUAUUUAUAAAUAUAAAUUUGUUUAUUGAGAUAGAGACAGUGUGAGUUAGGGAGGGGCAGAGACAGGGGGAGAAAGAGAAUCCCAAGCAGGCUCCACACUGUCAGCGCUGAGCCCGAUGUGGGGCUCGAACCCAUGAAACUGAGAUCAUGACCUGAGCCAAAACCAAGAGUUGGACGCUCAACCAACUGAGCCAGCCAGGUGCCCCUCUGAGAACUUUUGAUGGGUGGAUAUUUUCAUCUGACCGAUGUGUUCUGAAAUGGCUUCCUACACAAAGUGGGUUUUAGUAAAGGUUUGGAAUGAGAAGAGGUAGGAGUCUUGGUCAUUUGGGAAGGCAAAGCAAGUUUUAAUCAUGAAGUUGAGCAUGGAAAGAAGGUAUAGAAAGGGAUGUGGUCAAAACAUGAAUUAAGGUGACAUAACAAUGUACUUGGGUGUAAGUAGAAGAGUGGCGGCUGAAUUGAAGUUAAGAGGUUUUGGUAGUUCGGGAAUUAGAUGACUAAAGGUAUCUGAGGGGAUAGGGAAGAAUAGAAGUUUCUGUGAGAUAAAAGAAAAGAAGAAUAAUGAGAGAAAUGCAACCUUCAUAAACAGCAGUGUUAGAGAAUGAAUUAGAGAAUAACUAGAAAAGGCAACUAUAGAAUAAAGUUUCAAAAUUUUGGACAAAUGACAUUCAUUUAACAAGUACCAAUUCCUAGCCUUCUGUGUGCCCAGUCUUAUGCUAAAAGCUGGAUGGGGUGGGGUGGUUGUGGUACAAAUAAAAGAGGAUUACAUUCUCUUUUCUUCAUAGACUUUAUAUUUAUUUUGUACACUUUGUAGACUUUAUUCCCUCUUUGGAGUCAAAUGGGUCAUGUUAGCAUAGUAACUGGGUCCUGAAAGAGCCCCAAAUCUAAGCCCUCGUACCCACCAACACCAAGGAGAAGGUUUCUUUCAUGAGGAAUUCACAUUUCUGCAUGUACCUAAAUGUUUAUCACUAAUUAAUUCCUUUUAUUCAUAGCACUGAAGCAGCUCAACCUUAUACUGGGACCUGGGCGACAGAGGCUAACCAAAAAUUUUAAACAUAGUAGCUAGACCCAAAAGAAGUCUAAAUCUUCACAUUCUGGAGAUGACUUAUCUACUACCCUUUGACCCAUUCUUUGACAUGAGGAGUUGAGCUGGUAAAGGAUGGAACAGGUGAGCGGCCUUCAAACUAUGCUAGAGUUUUUGUUUGAUGAGACAUCCUAGCUGAGACAGUUCUAUCUUCAAAUAUAUGCUGUCAUAAUUUAAGUAAAAUUACUUUUUACUGUGGAAAUGCAGACCAACGGCUCACUGAAAUGGAUAUUUCUUCAUAUCCUGAAGACUUUUGAGUCACCUCUGGUCUUCUCUUCUUAGACACAAUAACAGUUCUAAUUUUUCCUCACUUGGCUCGUUUUUUACCCUUUUAACUUUAUUAUUCUGAAAUCUCUCCAAGGUCCUUAUAUGUUCCUAAGUCAUAGAGUCUAAAACUGGACACCACUUUAAUUAUAGCCUGAAUGUUAGGUGGUUGUUAGUCCAUUUAUACAUCGCAGUAUUCAAGUUUACUUUUAAAAUAUAAAUACUUUGUGACUAAUUUAGCUUGUGGUUCUCUGCCACUCCCUUCCCGACCAUCCACCACCCUUCAUUCCUCUUAUCUUUUGUUUUGCUUUGCUUUGCUUUUACAAAAAGAAAUAAUUGUUCUUAUUUUUAUUUUCUCUUGCCUGCCUAUCUAUCUAUCUAUCAUCUAUCUAUCUAUGCUUUUGAGAACAGAAAGCUCAUUCCUUACAAAACAAAUUGGAUAAUUAUUAACAUUACACGGAAUAAAGGAUUUUUUAAUUCACAGCAGGUUUUCGUUAAAUAGGUGUUUCCUGCAGUGGUUUUAAGUGUUUGUAUAUAGAUCAUCAACUACCUGAUACAGAGAAACUGAA